CACUGGCCACCUCAGCCAGGCCAGUAUAGUUUCGUCAUUUACCAUCUAUCCAGAAGCUUCUCAUCUCCGAUAUCUCACGUCCCGGUUUCUGGUUAAAUAUAAGCCUCUCGCCCUCUUCACAACUUAAAAGAAGUUAUCCUGCGCUUUUGAAUAGGUUUCUCCCGGAGAUCGCUGAAUCGUUGGACGUGGAUCGCUUGCUUUCCUGGCCACGAUGUCUUACUCUAAGAGAUCAACUUAUUCUCGCUCGCCGUCGCCGUACAAGAGAUACGGCAGAUCUGUGUCCAGGUCUUUGUCAAGGUCAAGAAGCCGAUCAAGGAGCCCUUCAGUGGAGAACCCUGGCAACAAUCUCUAUGUGACAGGCUUGUCGCCUCGUAUCACAAAGAGAGACCUUGAGAAGCACUUCUCCACUGAAGGAAAGGUGACUGAUGUUCAUCUCGUUGUUGAUCCAUGGACGAGGGAUUCUCGUGGUUUUGGGUUUAUAACGAUGUCUACAGUUGAGGAAGCUGAGCGCUGCCUUAAGUAUUUGAUCGAUCAGUGCUUGAAGGUCGUGUGA